AUGGGAGUUGCCGCAGUUUCAGCAUCAAUUUCAACACCCAAGGCCUUUAAUAAUAUCUUUGCAACUUCCAUCACUCAAAGAUUAGCUCAUCCAAUUACCUUGACCCCAUUAUGGCCUCCCACAAAGCCCAACAACUAUGCCUCAAAUCCGAUAUCAAGAAACCACACCUUUCCUUCCCUCACUUGCUGUUCUACAAAACCUGACACUAACACAAACAAUGGUACAACCCAAAAUUCAAGCAUUGGGUCCAAUCCUAGCUCAAAUUCUCAGAACCUAGCGGCACCUAUUUCAAGUAAUUCACUUUCCUCUUCUUUUCCAUCACCAUCAUCGUCUAGAGGAUUGGUGUUUGAUUUGGGUCCUAUAGAUUCGUGGGAUAGCAAGGAAAUUGGGUCACCAGUUGUGAAAAGGUUCCUCAGUGAUGAGGAAGAGAGAUGGUACAUGUGGUACCAUGGGAAUUCUAGUGAAAAAAAUUCGGGUCUUGAUUCUAUAGGACUAGCAGUUUCAAGCAAUGGGAUUCAUUGGGAAAGAGGGAUAGAAGCUGUUAAAUCAAGUGGGGAUGUGGGUUUGGUAAUGAACUGUUGUCAAGAUUGGUGGGCAUUUGAUACAAUUAGCAUUAGACCUAGUGAGGUGGUUGUCAUGUCAAGUAAUAAAGUUAGAGCCUCAAAUGCUGUGUACUGGCUUUACUACUCUGGUUUUAGUUCUGAAAAGGUAGAUUUUGUUAAUGAUGAUUCUUUGGAUUUCAAUGUAGAGAACCCAGAAAAGUUUUGCUUUGGUAAUGAGAAUUCCGACGACGGAAGAAACAUUUUCAAGUCCUUGCCUGGCUUGGCAAUUAGUCAGGAUGGCAGGCAUUGGGCUAGAAUUGAAGGGGAACAUCAUAGUGGAGCUUUGUUUGACGUUGGGUCUGAAUGUGAGUGGGAUUCAUUAUUUAUUGCUAGUCCGCAAGUUGUUUUUCAUGGAAAUGGUGAUCUCAGAAUGUAUUAUCACUCUUUUGACAUGGAAAAUGGACAAUUUGGAAUAGGGAUUGCAAGGUCAAGAGAUGGGAUUAAGUGGGUGAAAUUGGGGAAGAUAAUGGGAGGUGGAAAAAGUGGUUCUUUCGAUGAGUUUGGUGUAAUGAACGCAAGUGUUGUUAAGAGCAAGAAAGAUGGAAAGUAUGUGAUGGCAUAUGAAGGUGUUGCUUCUGACGGAAAAAGAAGUAUUGGGUUGGCAGUGUCUCCUGAUGGAUUAAAAGACUGGAGGAGAUUUCAAGAUGGAGAAGUGCUAAAGCCAUCAGAGAAAGAUGGGUGGGAUAACAGAGGAGUUGGAUCUCCUUGUUUGGUGCAAAUGGAAGGAGAUGUUGAUGAAUGGAGAUUAUACUAUAGAGGUGUUAGCAAUGAAGGAAGGACCGGAAUUGGAAUGGCAUUUUGUGUAGGAAACGAUGUCAGUAGUUUUACAAGGUGGACAGGUUUCCAAUUAUAAGAUCAUCUGAGAGAGAUGAUGAAAGUGGUGAUGGAUGUGAUGCAGAUGAUGAAGAAAACCAGGUGGUGGUUCCAUGAUCAUCUACUAGAGCUCCUCCACCAGUUUCGACUUCUUCUAAUAGUGGUCAAGAAAGCUCUAAUAGGAGGGAUGAAGGUGUUUCUCAACCAAAAUUUUGCAGUUUCUUUGAAGCGCAUGAGAGAAUCUGCUCGGUUGAUUAAAUAUAUAUGUCUUCUUUAAUUCUUAGCUUUCGUCCUCCUAAAUCCUGAAUUGUUUCUUGUAUGCGUUAUUUCUUAUUGAUGAAAAUCUUUUAACCAAGAAGUUCUCUGAAGCAUGCAGGGUUAUCUAGGCUACCUGUUAUACCAAGAUAAUCAAAAUGUGUGCAUGUCAAGUGAAUUAUAUUAUUUCUUGGUACCUC